CUCUGAAACAAACAUGAUAGCGGAAAGCUAUGGAGCUAAUUGUUUUAUGCUGAGGGAUGUGUAUUGUUCUGGUAAUGGAGAGUUUACUUAGUGAGGAGGAAGAGCGGGACACGCUUGCAUGGGUAGAUAAAUUACCUUUAUCCAGGCACACAAAGCACAUCAACAGGGACUUUAGUGAUGGAGUGAUGGUUGCGGAGAUUGUUAAGCAUUACUUCCCAAAGAUUGUUGACAUUCACAACUACAUUACUUCCUGCAAUACACAGCAGAAAAUCAGCAACUGGAACCUUCUUAACAAGAGGGUGUUUUCCAAGCUGGAGUUUUAUGUCUCAGAGGAAGCGGUGGAGAAGAUUGUUUCAAGCACUCCUGGGGCGAUACUGCCAGUGAUGUUUUUCCUCAAGGAGAAGUUAGAGAAGAAACUGUCAUUUUCAGAUGUAGAAAUUCAAGAGGCUGAAGCAAAACUUGUGGCUGAACUGGCAGAGAUGAAGAUUGCAGAGCCAACAGUGAAUCCGCAACAAGUGACAUUUUUCACAGACAUGAGCCUUUCAGUAACCCGGCAAAUCAUACUGGAAAAAGAACUUCAGGUCCAGGAACUUCAGGAUAUUCUGAAGAACCUUCAGGUGAAAGUGAGCAAGUUGGAGGAGCUGAUUCAAUUGAAGGACAAGCGCAUUGAACAUCUGACAUGUCUUUCAGGGAUGUACAAAACUAAACUACGGCUCGCUAGCCCAUAAGUAGCCACCGGCUUAGCAAAUAAAAGCCUGUUUCUUUUGCCA